AUUUAUGUGAUGAUAUUAAAGAAAUUUGUGGAGAUAGCGGCUCUAAUAUAUCCAAUGAAAACCCGGAUAGCAAUAUAGAUGCUUUAAAUGCUUCUGAAAAAAUAGUUGAAGUAGUUGAAGAUAACGAAGAAAAUAGUGAACAAAAGUUUCCACCUUUAGUUCGAGUACACUCUUUUUAUGCGAUCCCAAAAGAU